AUGACCGCAAAUCCAGAUGCCAACUUUGCUAUAUGCAACCACCUUAUCAUUGUCUGCUGCCAUGCUAUUUACACCGGAGGCCCAAAGCUUGGGGCCUCAGAGAGCGAGUGGCUUAUUGAGCCCUUCCAGAAGGGAGAAACACCCACAUUCAUCGAUCAUGUCAAAGCUGGAUUGAAAGCUCUAGCAGAAGACUCUCAUGGCUUGCUUCUAUUUUCCGGAGGGCCUACCAAGAAGCCUAGAACAGAGCUCAGUGAAGGUCAAUCCUACCUGAACUUGGCCAAGGAUAACGAUUACUUCCGAGACAUGUCCACUAUCUCCACAAUUGACCCAUCAAGAAUCAUCGCAGAAACCAACGCCACGGAUUCAUAUCAAAAUCUUUUGUUCUCUCUAAUACAGUUCCGGAUACACACGGGCAUUUAUCCACAGAGAGUCACAGUCGUGACUCACGAGUUUAAACGCGCUCGAUUCAUGCAGUGCCACUUCCCAGCUGUGGGACUGAUUCCUGUUGGCCCGGAACAAAAAGACUAUAUGCACAAAGUUGCUGUGAUAGGUAUCAAUCCACCAGUGGAAGUUACUCCACUAGAGACUUUAACUCGGGGCGAGGCUAUGAAUGGGAUCGGGCUUUGGAGAGAAGAUCUUUACGGAGUGAACGGGGAUCUAGUAGGGAAAAGGGCGAGACGAGGCUGGUCCCCUGGAAUAGAAAACGAUAUAUUCUCUCAUCUGGGACUGGAAAAUGUGGUGUCACAUCUAAUCCGCUAUGAUGGGCAUGACCAUUGUAAUAAUUGGUUCCCGAAGCGAGAGAGCCUGCCUUGGUCUUAUACUAAACAUGAUACAACCAAGGGGCCUUGA